AUGCCUACCCGAUUUGCAAAAGCGGCCCAAACUAUAGAUCGUUAUGGUACUCGGAAUCGCCGACUGUCUGACAACCUGGCUGCCUAUACCACCGGACCGAUGGCUCGGCUAUGGUUGGCUAUGCAGCGGUGCGAGCGUGUUUGGGUGAUAACACGAGGUAUGCGCGAGAUUCGCGCUCUCCUCACCGGUCGAUUGGUGGCGUUUGAUCGUUCCUGGAACCUCGUGAGUCCGGAUAUUCAACGAUACUUUAUUUUUUCAUGUAUACACUUACCUUGUAGCAAGUCCUUACUUUAUAACUUUUUUUAUGCAGUUUUUACAGUUGCAUCACAAUUAUAUCAAUAUUUAAGAGAUGUAUUCACCCCAGGAAAUAAGGGAAUAUUGGUUGCAUUUUUCCAUAAUAAUACGAAUGUUCUCACAAUGUCAUUGAUUUUCACUUAG